AUGCAUUUCUCUAUCCCAGAAACGGAAGAAGUAAAGGAGGGCACAAACUCCUUCACGAUGUACAACAUCUACAUUAAUGGAGUGUUCCACUGCAAGGCAAGGUACAAACAGAUGAGACAGUUUCACGAUGAGCUCAAGAAGGAGUUUGGGUCCCAUAUCCUUCCAGAAUUUCCUAAAAAGAAGCUUCUUGCUUUGUCUCCGCCAGAAAUCGAACAACGGAGAGUUUUGUUGGAACGAUACAUUCAGCUUGUGAGUCAGGACCCUCAGAUAAGCAGCAGUGAUUUGUUUAACACAUUUCUACUCACAGCUCAGCAGGAAUCACAAAUGGAGGAGGCUGAACGUGUUUCACUGGAUACAUUCCUCAUGAAUGGUCACAAGAUUACCAUCAGCUUAAUGUCUACGGAUCAGACCGAUGAUGUUCUAGAGGCUGUAGCUCAACAGAUAGAAAUUCCCGAUGAUUUUGUUCAUUACUUUGGACUUUUCCUUGUCAAAAAGGAAGAUGAUGGGGACAGUUCAAUUGUGCGAAAACUCCAGGAGUUCGAGUCUCCGUACCUCUCCCUGAAGGCAGCCAACAAACAUGGAGUUCACAGAAUAGUUCUCAGAAAAGGAUACUGGGAUCCAUCUUUUGACAACGACUUGUUGGACAACAAGAUCACCAUGAACCUCUUGUACGUACAAGCCAACAAUGAUAUCGAAAGACAGUGGAUUCUAGCAACCAAGGAGCAGCUUAGCCACUUGGUGAAUUUACGAAAGAAAGGUUCCAAGCGAGAAUUUCUCAAAAUGGCUUCCACACUGAAAUACUAUGGCUAUAUGCACUUCAAGCCUUGCUUCACAGACUACCCUGAGCCAAACACAAGAGUCAUUGUUGCAGCUGGGCAGAAGGAGCUUAACUUUAGAGUUCAAGUCCAAGGGCAGAUCAAAGAGGGCAGUUUCAAAAUUACACGGAUGCGUUGCUGGAGAAUCACAACAGUUUAUCCAGGCAGUGAUGACAAAUCUCCAUCAUCUACCAACCAGAAGUCACAGCUGGAACUGUCCUUUGAAUAUUUGAUGUCCCGGGACACACUCCAGUGGAUUUCCAUCAUCAGUGAUCAAGCCAUGUUGAUCAGCACAUGCUUGCAGAGUAUGGUGGAUGAGCUCAUCAUGAUCAAACAAAACAAGAAGUUUAAAAAGCCUCAAGACAGACUGAAGUUAAACAGAAACACAGGACCCUUCAAGCCAAUGUCCAGGGAGCUGUCAUAUGGUGUUGAUCCUGAUGAACAAAGUGCAGUUAGCAGAGCCAAGGAUUCAGUGAAAAAAUUUGGCAGGGGUUUGCAAAAAACAGAUGAAGCACUUACCGAAAAUGGAGCAUUUGAGGAGAUUGGGGAUGAAGAUUUGUGA